AUGCCUAAGAAACUCAAACUCGCCGUCUCCCAAUCCAGGACCCUGGACACUCUGCAACAGACCCUCGACUCCUUGGCAACCACCACGCGCAAAGCAGCCUCCCAAUCCAUCGACCUGAUUCUGUUCCCUGAAGCCUACCUCGGCGGCUACCCACGCACUUGCGACUUUGGCGCCAGCGUCGGCGCCCGCGCUCCCCAUGGCCGCGACCAAUUCCUCGAGUACUUCCACGCCGCCGUCGAUCUGGGCGAUACUCCACUAGGUGCUGGCGACGACUGGGUGGACAGAAAUCUGCCAGUGGCCAAAGGAAAAGAUCACCGCGGCGAUGGCACACGAGAGUUUCUCGAACGCGUGGCCAGAGAGACAGGCGUGUUUGUCGUUACUGGGCUCGUGGAACGCAGUGGGNGUUCACUCUAUUGCGGUGUCGUUUACGUCUGUCCUCGUCUCGGCUGCAUCGGCAAAAGAAGAAAGGUCAUGCCUACAGGCAGCGAGCGAUUGGUCUGGGCACAAGGCCAACCAUCUUCUCUACGCGCCGUCACCACCACCAUCCGCGGCGUGCAGCUUACACUUGCAGCAGCCAUUUGCUGGGAAAACUACAUGCCUUUGCUGAGAUACUCCUUGUACUCUCAGAAUGUCAAUCUAUACUUGGCACCCACGGCAGACGCGAGAGAUACCUGGGAACCUCUGAUGCGCACCGUGGCAGCAGAGAGCAGAGCCUUUGUGUUGAGCGCCAAUCAAUGCGUAAGACGCAGCCACUUGCCCUCAUGGAUCUCCGCCCCCAAAGCCGUAGACACAGAACCCAAAGCUAUUUCCCACACCACCUCUACCUCACCCUCGCGCCGCAGGAAAUCAGUGGUCAUGGAAGAAGGCAACGAACUCGUUCUCCCCGACCCUUCUCCCCAUACCCAAUCCACUCCUUCUGCAACCAUCGCAGAAGAAGAUGAUUUUGUUUGUAGAGGAGGUUCUUGCAUCAUUGGUCCUCUUGGCGAUAUUCUGUGCCCGAGUUUGUGGGAACAAGAAGAUGGGUUUCUGAGCACAGAAGCAGACUUUGAGGAUUGUGAGAGGNGGAGAUUGGAUAUGGAUGUUGCGGGAUCUUAUAGUAGGAAUGAUGCUUUUCGUUUGACAGUUGAGGGGUUGGAUAUCAAUCCACCUCCUUUGUGA